AUGUCGCUCAAUGGGUUAGAUGAUCCCUCUAUCAUCGAGUCUUACCAGAGUGCGCUCGCUGAGGCCGGAGGAUGGUUCCUGCUGAAAUACGUUUCGCGAGAUGUCGUUGCUUUGCUGCACAAGGGAACCGGGGGCGUCGUGGAGAUUCGCUCGACCAUAACCGCCUACGAGGAUAAAUCGCCGCUGUAUGGCUUCCUACAGUAUCGCCGGAGAAAGAUCAUACUCAGAUACGUGCCUGAAGGAAUCUCGAGGCUCAUCCAAGCUCGAAUCACUGUCCAAUUCCAGUCGAUUCUCGACCGGUUCUCGCCUCACGAUACCGUCUUUUCACUUACAACCCCGUCUGAACUCACCGAAAAUGCGCUCUCAUCCACCUGCAUGCUGCACACCGCAUCUGGCUCCAUGACCUCUUCGACCAGCUCGCUGCGACAACGACGACUUGGAGAAAUCACCGAAGAUGCAGAGGAGAACGGACCAGACGAAGAAGAGCGCAUCAAGCGGGCUCCAACCUCGUCCAGCCAUAGUAGAGCAGGAAGCGUCUUCAGCGGAACUUCAGAGGCCACCGCUGUGCCUAGCCAUAGUAUGUUGCGAGACAGACCUUCAAAGGGCCUGCCAGACGGUGUCAUGCUGGCUCCAGAGGCAUUCUCGCACAAAGCACUGCCCUCAGCCCCCGCUUUGAGCAGUCCAACUCGCGCAAAUGGCAUUCCUCAGCAGCACCUUCUGGACCAGCUAUCUCAGCCGCUUCCCGAAUCACGAACUUCCUCUCAGUCAGUCAGGCCGUCUCUCCACGAGCUGGAUCAAAUCACCAUUCGGAGACCCAAAGUACGACUUGGCCCGCGACCAUCUCUGGAUGCCAGCGGACGGCCCAAGACUGCGGGCUCCAUGACUCGCUCCUAUGAACCUCGGCCGGUUGCUUCGCUUCCUGCGGGAAUGCGGUCAAGGAAGCAAUCUACAUCGCGGCCCAAAUCACAGCCAGACUAUGAGCAGCCAGGAGCCCAGACUCAGGGGACAGUACCUCCUGUGCCUCCUCUCCUGGUCCCGCCGCCAGUGUUAAUCGGAUCUUUCUCGAGAAACGCGCCCUCGUCUCCCAGAUCGAUCAGAAGCUGUGCGACAACCAUCGGAAUGACGCCGGAAAAACAGCGUCUAAUGCGGGCCCUAGAACUACGCAAACAGCAAAUGGCUCGACAGCCGAAGAAGGCUGAAUCGAAGGCUGAACCGAAAACUCCAGAACAUCUGCUAGAUGCAAAGGGGCAAAGGAAUGAUGAUGGGGAAAUCUCUAGCAGAAUUUCUCCUAGGGGAGGAUCGGCAUUUGUGGGCCCAACUAUUGACAAGGAUGCUGCUAAUACACCACAAGCCAGAGAGACAGCUGUCGUCGAGAGCAGAAAAAUUACAACAUCGCCAGAACUGCGCGAGACUGUUGAAACACCUUCUUCCGAGGCGUCAACGCCUGAUUCGGCUGUUGAGCUAUCCCCGUCGCAUCAUUCAGUCGCUGCUUCAAGCCGAACUGAACCACAAAAAGUCUGCUCUCCUUCUGCCUUCGAAAAAUUCCGAAAGCGUACUUCUAUAUCUCAGUCUCCGGGAUCCCUCUCCCCUUCUCCUAGCAAUUUGGCUCUACCACAAGCUGCAGAGGCUGCAUCGGGGAAGAACGGCGAUUCCAAGUCUUCCAACCGACCAAAGUCCAAAUCGGUUUCUGUCACUGCCAGAAUCGUACGGGGUGCCUCAGCCAGUGCAUCCGACAAUCCAUCAGACUCGGAGCCAAACUCCCUGAAUCUGCACCGGAGCGAGAUCACAGUCGAGCAAAAUGGUGAGAAGUCAGCUCAAGCUUCCAACCUGAGUAUCAGAAGCCCCGAAAAACGUCGUUCGAUUUGUUCGAGUGGUGCAGGCUCUAAGCGAAACUCAUUUACUGGGCCAAAGUCCCCUUCUAUCGAUACUACAAACAACAAAACCCCUAACACUCGACCGAUGCUCGACUCCGUACACUCUCCUUCCCCAAGUGACACAGCACACGGCAACGCCGAGAGCGUAGACGAGACAAAGGAAGACAAAAAGGGGUCCCGCAAGUCACGAAUCAUUCGCCGCAUGUCCUCCAUUACAACGAACCCCUUACGGAAAUCGACAGCCAAAGAUCAAAAGGGCCCAGCUCCCCCUCAAACACCAAUGAUAGAAGAAUCUACAGCCAGUAACAGCACACCAAUCCAUGUCGUCGACGUCGGUGAAGUCAAUGUUCAAUUCCCUGACACCCUCUUGUGGAAGCGUAGAUUUAUGCGAGUUGACGAAAGCGGGUAUUUGAUUCUCACUCCCGGAACAAUCGAUGGGAACCCUCGAAACACCGAGGUGGACUUGGAGCCCACACCACCUCAGACACCUCCUGAGGAAUUGGAGCUCCUUAAACCAGUGGCAUACGCUGCACCGAAGAUGACAGCUGUUCAUCCAGCUCCCUCACCACAGACAGACCAGAUGUCAGACCAGAUGGUUGAACCUGUUGUCGAAGAGUCUUCCAGCUCUUCUUCCUCGCCUCCUACCCUCCCGCAGGGUUCUCUCGAUGCCUCUCUAUCUUCCUCCGUCACUUCCCACUCGAUCGAAAAGUCUUCAGUGGUCACGAGCUCGUCUUCAACCCUGCGAAACGUGUCGGACACGGAGUCGGAUGCCCUUUCAAAACAUACCGUAUUCGCCAACUCCUCUCAAUCGAGUAUUGCUGACGAGAUCCCCGACCCCGUCGACGAUAAUGCUCCCAAACCGGAAGCGGAAACAGAAGAAGAUGCUCCAGUUCUAGCUAACGAAACUGCUGCUGCCGCUGCUGCUGCUCCAGCCCCAGGUACCGAGCCGGAAUCUGACCUGGGCUCGGACACUCCUACACCCCGAAGCACGACCGAUGAGCAUUCAGAACUGAAAGUCGAAGAGGCACCCGUCACUGUACCUUCGCCAAUCAUCCAGAUCGACGAUAAAGAGGUCUCCGAUAACACACCUGAGACUACUGAAGAGUUCAACACGGACAAGGAUGCUGAUACGGCAGUGGCCAGCCAGAAGGAAAAGCGAAUUGCAAUGCUUGACCCCAUUCAAAUCCCAUUCAAUGCCAGUAAUGCUGAGGAGGAUAUCCUCCUUUCGGAUGAUUCUUUCAUGGAUGAACUGGGUAGUGCAACACUACAGGAGGCUCGACCAAUCACUAUUCCUCGCACGCCUACAAGUAGCAGUGGGAAGGGUCCCUCCUCCGCCGAGCGUUGGAACGGUCCUCGCAUGGUCUCCAGUUCCUCCAUCAGAUCGGAUAUCGAGGCCCUUCCAGUCGGCGUUGCUUCCUCCAGAGCUUUCUUCGAGUCAGAAAAGUCAGCCCCCGUCCUCGUUGCUAAAAAGGUAAAUGUUUCCUCGGGCAUCUCGAAACGCAUCAAGGCCCUGGAGAUGUUUUCGAGCCGUGAAGCUGGCGCGAUACCAGACAAGGCUUCAAGCCGACCUGAACCACAAAAGUCUGCCUCUCCUUCUGCCUUCGAAAAAUUCCGAAAGCGUACUUCUAUAUCUCAGUCUCCGGGAUCCCUCUCCCCUUCUCCUAGCAAUUUGGCUCUACCACAAGCUGCAGAGGCUGCAUCGGGGAAGAACGGCGAUUCCAAGUCUUCCAACCGACCAAAGUCCAAAUCGGUUUCUGUCACUGCCAGAAUCGUACGGGGUGCCUCAGCCAGUGCAUCCGACAAUCCAUCAGACUCGGAGCCAAACUCCCUGAAUCUGCACCGGAGCGAGAUCACAGUCGAGCAAAAUGGUGAGAAGUCAGCUCAAGCUUCCAACCUGAGUAUCAGAAGCCCCGAAAAACGUCGUUCGAUUUGUUCGAGUGGUGCAGGCUCUAAGCGAAACUCAUUUACUGGGCCAAAGUCCCCUUCUAUCGAUACUACAAACAACAAAACCCCUAACACUCGACCGAUGCUCGACUCCGUACACUCUCCUUCCCCAAGUGACACAGCACACGGCAACGCCGAGAGCGUAGACGAGACAAAGGAAGACAAAAAGGGGUCCCGCAAGUCACGAAUCAUUCGCCGCAUGUCCUCCAUUACAACGAACCCCUUACGGAAAUCGACAGCCAAAGAUCAAAAGGGCCCAGCUCCCCCUCAAACACCAAUGAUAGAAGAAUCUACAGCCAGUAACAGCACACCAAUCCAUGUCGUCGACGUCGGUGAAGUCAAUGUUCAAUUCCCUGACACCCUCUUGUGGAAGCGUAGAUUUAUGCGAGUUGACGAAAGCGGGUAUUUGAUUCUCACUCCCGGAACAAUCGAUGGGAACCCUCGAAACACCGUGAAGCGCUACCACCUUUCUGAAUUCCGAAGACCGUAUGUGCCUGAUCAUGAUAGACAGGAGCUGCCUAAUAGCAUUCUCCUUGAUUUCUGUGAUGGGAAUACACUUCAAUGCGCCUGUGAAUCAAAGCAAGGACAGAGUCUAACUCUCCAGACCUUGAUCGAUGCUCACCACGCUUAUACCCAAUAAUCGCCCUCAAAAGACCAGCCUCGCCUUCCUCUCCUUAAUACCCCCGCUUCAAAAUUGCGUUUGUUCCGCAUAUUCCUUUCGUUGCGAUAUUUCCCUUGCGUUCCUAGUUUACUACCUUCUCCUUGAUCUAAAGUACACCCCGCAGGUGAUUAAUUCCGAUAAUUUGCGACCCCGUCCAUUUCAUGAGUUAUACGAUAUUAUGAUAUCCUGUUCUGGUGGCUCCACAACAACCCAACUCAUACCUCCUCCCCGACCCCCUGACCG